AGAAAAGGGGUCUACGCCUGUAUGCGUCACUAUCACAUGACAAACGCUUGGAGACAGCUUAAUUUUCCUCUGCCUGCCUGCAAUUUCCAUUUGCCUUUCUGGCUCUUCUUUUUGGUCUUCCUGGAAGUGUCUCCUGCUGCCACCCUAUUUAUUGUGGGAACCUGCAAUGAUGGAGUAGUGGAAGAGCAGAUACAAGGGAUUGGCCUCUAAACUCAAGGUUGUGUGGGAAUAUUGCUGAGGGUAGUGAACUGUAAUGUUUGGAAGAAGGAGACUGAAGGUGAGAGGAUGCUUCAGUAGAAGAGAGGAUAAUGAUUGUGAUCCCAAAUCCAUAUGCCUGGAGAUUCAAGCAAUUAGAAGCAAUAAACAGUCCUACAGCUUGGAAGAGGUCUAACUACAUUGAAAGCAUCAGAUCCCAUUUGAUCUCAGAAACUAAGCCCAUCAUGCCAGGUCACAGUAAUGAAAGGCAGCAGUAGGAAUAAAGACCAUUCAACAGACGGAGAGGGGACUGGAAAGCGACCAAAGAGAAAGUGUCUUCAGUGGCAUCCGCUACUUGCAAAGAAGAUUAUUGACUUUUCUGAAGAGGAGGAGGAAGACGAGGAAGAAGAAGAUAUUAAGGUCCAUCUUCUUAGCACUGAUGGUCUUGAGCACGAUGCAGAUGAAACAGAAGAUGAAGAAUCUUCAGAGCAACGAGCUCGCAGGCCAAUGAAUGCAUUCCUUCUCUUUUGCAAACGUCACCGCUCCCUUGUACGGCAAGAACACCCCCGUCUGGACAACCGUGGCGCUACCAAGAUACUGGCAGACUGGUGGUCUGUUCUAGACCCUAAAGAAAAACAAAAAUACACAGACAUGGCCAAGGAGUACAAGGAUGCAUUUAUGAAAGCAAAUCCUGGCUACAAGUGGUGCCCACCUACAAGCAAACCUGUGAAAACCCAGUCAUCCACUGUUACUAACCGAAAGAAGCUGUGGGCAUUCCCAUCAGAAUCUGCAAAAGAUUUGCCAAGUCCCAAAAAGUUGGUGAAGAAAGAAGAAAUGCCUCAGCUGAACUUUGCAAUGGCAGAUCCUACACAAAUGGGAGGCCUCAGUAUGCUACUGUUAGCAGGAGAACAUGCCUUGACUGCACAAGAAGUUUCUUCAAGUACCUGCUGUUCUGAUUCAUCUAACUCUACUGAAGGAUGUAUAAAGUCUCCGUUGUUUCAGUUUGCAGAGAUUUCUUCUAGCCCAUCACAGCUAGAUGCCCCUGCGGAUUCAAAAGAAAAUGAUGAAUCAGCUCUGUUUCAUUUUUCAGAGCUGGGGAGUCCUGAACAUUUGAAGCACUGCAGGAAAUCAGCACUCUUCCAAUUGGCUGAGAUUUCGUCUAGUACAUCCCAUUCAGGUCCUCCUGAAUUAACAAAGCAUUGUGGGACAUCGGCAUUGUUUCAGUUGGCAGAGAUGUGCCUUGCAUCCGAGGAAGUAAAGGUGAGGGAACCUGGGAUAGUUAAACUAGAAGCAUCUAGGAUCAUCAAGGCCUUUGAAUCACCUGAGCAGGUAAAAGUUGAGGAACCAGAAAAGGUCAAAGUAAAAAUAGAAAAAUCUCUGAAGACAAAGGGCCAUGAACAUGAAAAGACAAACACUGAAGUGUUGGAGGAGAUGGCAAGAUGCUGCCUGGCUACAGAUCCCGCACUGGACAACACAACACUAGUUGCACCUGACAGCUCAAUUGCCAAGGACCCUGCAUGCUGUUCCCAAGAGCUUGCAAUGGCCAACAUCAGCACCUUAGGAUUAAGCAAGCCAGAAAAGCUAAAAAAGAAAAAAAAGAAAAAUAAACUGGACCGGCAAGAACUUGAAAAAUGUACCUCUAAGAAAGCUUGCAAAAAAAGGCAGUCUUCUGAAUCAGACAUUGAGAGUGUCAUUUAUACUAUUGAAGCAGUUGCAAAAGGGGACUGGGGAGCAGAGAGACUCAUAGAAGUGCCCCAUAAGAAAAUCUGUCCUCCUUCAACAGUGAAGGGGAACAUCUUGGACACAAAGUCACCAAAGAAAAAAGUGAAGUCAAAACAGAAGAAAGCACUGAAGGAAAAAUGUGUAGAUACCCCCAAAGAAUCAAAGCCCCAUGAUGUUAACAUUACAGAAAACAAGGAGCUGCUAUGUGAGGCACCUGAAAACAUCAAAACAGAACCACUAACACCAAUGGAGGACGUAAUGCCACAGGGUUUACCAGAGCAAGUCAAAAUUGAGGAUAGUGACUGUAACAAAAAGGCAGAGACAUGUGGCGCUAGAAAAUCAGAGAGAGCUUGCAAGGGUGCUCUGUAUAAAACUCUGGUGUCAGAGGGCAUGCUUACAUCCCUCCGUGCCAAUGUUGAUAGAGGGAAACGAAGCUCAGGAAAAGGUGGCAACUCUGAUCAUGAAGGAUGCUGGAAUGAAGAAAACUGGGCAUUUUCCCCAGUGGGAACAAGUGGGAACAAAAAGCUUAAAAAACCUAAGCCAAAGGAAGAAAUUGUUUUGGGCUUAGCAAAGCUGGAAGAAGAAUUUGAGAAAAAAUUCAACAGCCUUCCUCAAUUCAGUCCUGUCACAUUUGACCGGAAGAGUGUGUCUGUACCAAGAAAAAAGAAAAAGGUUGGGAGCUACUCAGCAGACCAACCAAAAUCUAACAAAGAGUCUGCAGCAACACAAGAACCCUUGGUUGGCAGCCAGAAAAGAAAAGCAAGGAAAACCAAGAUUACACAUCUAGUCCGGACUGCAGAUGGCCGGGUCUCGCCAGCAGGUGGAGUUUUAGAAGAGAAACCAAAGGAGCAACUGCAGAGUAGUCUUCAGAAAGCAAAUAUGGGAACUGACUGCAGCGAAGAAUCCUCCCAAAACACUGAAUUGGAGGAAGGUCAUAGUAUUACACCAGACAUGCCAUCUGUAUCUGCCUUCUUUAGCUUAGCUGCUCUGGCAGAGGUGGCAGCAAUGGAAAAUGUACACAGGAAUCAGAGGACAGCACCUCUCCCUUGUGAUGGACAGCCAAAAGAAAUGUCUCAGGCUCCAGUGCUUAUUUCCUGCGCUGACCAGUGAAGCUCUACCCUAUUGUAAAACAUUGUGCUUUACCUAAUAUCCUAGCCUUGUCUUUACCAAUGGAUGCUAGUCAGUCCAUGUGAUGGAGGAAUCCAUAGACUGAAAAUGAGUGGUUCGUGUUCAGUGUGGCACAGAUUUCACUGAUACCUUGGGACGGGUCCCUUCCAGUUUGGGGCCCAGAAUCUAUUCUAAGGGGGAUGUUAUUUUUCUGUUAAGAAACAGAAAUGAAAAGAUCUGGAGUUUUGUUUUGUAUUGAAGGUUUUUAAAGUGGUAAAUGUAUAGUUACAUGGAAGAGGCAGACUUUACUGUAGCUCACACAGCAUCUGUUUUAUCAACCAGAGUUUGGAAAGUAGUUUCAUAUAAUAACUAGUUACUCUAAACAAAAAUGCAGAGGAGGAGAUGGGGGAAAGGGGAAGAAACUGAUGCACUGCACUAGUUACUAGAUAUUCUUAGUCCUUUUUGUACAUGAAGAUUUAUGUUCUGAGAUGGUUUAUAUAAUAGGUUAUGCCUACAUUUAUAUUUUAGAAUGAAUUUUAAGAACCUGUUUGGAAAAUCCAAGAAAGCAUGGGCAGGUGUGCUAUUGUUAGCGGUCUAUGUGCCGUUGUAUGGCCCAGGAGUUCUGCACUUUUUUUGUAUUUGCCACCAGGGGGUAGAGUUUAUUGGCAAAAAAUGUUGACAGGCUUUAUUUUGCUUGGUUUUUUAAAAAAAUUAAGCAUAGAAUAAUGAGCAUGAUUUGCAUUUGAAAGAAAGGUUUGACAUAUUGAUAAGAACAAUACUACAAAUUAUUGAUUUGUCUUUCAAGCCUUGCAGGGUUCAUUUAUUUUUGGAUAGAAGUCUAAAAUAACUAUGUGGAAACUAAAGCAGUGAAAUGGGUGGCGGGGGGGGGGGGGGAUACUAUUAAUAUGUUGUUCAGAAGUGACCUUAGUAUUACUUCACUCUUUGGGGGAAAACAACCUUUUCAAUUGACAUGCACACUGAUGUACAUAUUUUGCAUUUUACAGACACUGGAAUUGUCAUAAAUACUAUGCACAGUCUAAAUUGGCUUCAUCAGUUGUAUGAAGUGCUAGUGCUAGUUUGAGAGGGUAAAGUGCUGAGUGUCACAUUAGUAAGGGAUGAAGGAGAAAUGAAGUUACAGAAUUAGGCUGUCAAAGAGAUCCUUUUCCAGUUCAUGUUUUUUGUCUUGAUUCUGUGUUGUAUCUUACUCCCAUGCACACAUCUCAUGCCAUGGCAGAGUCCAGAUUAUUCUAAAAACCAUUUCCUUCUGUUUAUUAACCCCACACUGAUCUCAGUUGCCAGUCAUCUGACACAGUACACAUGGAGCAAUUUUGGCUGCUGUUGCUCAUUUACUUUUUCAAAUCACAAUCCCACUGAUCAGCUGCCUGUUCUUGAAGAGCUGAUUCAUAGGAUUUCCCCUUCAGACCUACACCCCCAUUUGUUGGACCAGGAAGGGUAAUUGUGUAGACAGCAGCACCUGUUUGUAUGCACAGUUCCCUGUCCAGCUAAAAGUACACAAAUGGAAGCCUGCUUCCACACACACAAAGCCCCUGGCUGGAUCAGGGCAGUGUUGUUCCUAGCAGUAAAAAAUGAAUUAUUAUUAGAAUUCGACAUGAAGCUGCACACUCAACACAGGGUACUUCUUCCACAGCACAAGAUGUUUCCCUAUUUGUUUUGCAUCAUAGCACAAAGACUUCUUAACCAAAUGCUAUUGACCAGACCCCAGCAAUAAUUUUCUAUAAGUCGUCUUGUCUCUGGUGGAAUUUUGUGAUAGCAUUCAAUUCAGCAAGACUCUUUUUUAUUGAUUAGGCUCUAUACGAUGAGAGUUUACACAAUUUUAUCAGGCUUUCUUAAUUUAUACUUGACAGAAUUGAUAAAGGAUGUGUGUUUGGGGUUUUUAUUUUUUAUUUUAUUUUUUGUAAUUGGAUUUAAUAGCCAUAUGAAAAGUGACUCUUAAAACCUGCUUGGAUUAGCCUUUAAUUGUUGUAAUCAGUGCAUGUCUUUCAGUGUCUGUGUCAAUCUCAGACAAUUCACACACAUUGUAAUAACUGGAGAAAAUGUCAUUUCAACCCAUGUAAAAAUCAGAGACUUACUCACAGAUGUAAAGGUUGAAGAAGUGGAAGAAGGAAAAAUGCAAGAAAGAGAAAGUUACAUACUUUUAGAAAAUUUAGGUAGAAGAAUAUUCCACAUGCCUCUGGAGCCUGCCAUACUAUUUUAAUAGCUCAAUUUUCUGGAAAUUUUCUAAAUUAUUGUGUCAUCAUGCCAUAUUCUUGGGCAUAUAUUGUUAUAGUUUUAGAAUUGUAGGCCCAUGUAUUAGCUGUGGUUCAAACCUUUAAGUAGCUGAAAUCUAAAUCCUAUAUGGUUCAGCCUGUUCAGUACCACCAUCCUUGCACCAUUUUAAAUUUGAGUAUUGUUUCUAAAACAUCUCUUUAUAUGAAUGGUGCCUUUUAAAAGAUGCAGACAGUUAGGGUUUUUCUUUCCCCUAUGUGAAUUAAUUCCUUGAUUAUCCUUCUUUCCUAAACCGCAAUUAUUAUCUCUUAGACACGGGACUGAAUUUGGAUCAAAUUUACUGACUGUGAGUGUUUUCUGAUGCUUGUAAACCUUUCUGUAGAUCUGCUUAUUUUUUUAGCAAUUAGGCACCGAGAGCAACAGAAAUUUUACUUAUAGUACUUUGGGAGCACAAUUCACUUGGAUAUUGUUCUGCCCAAACCCCAUGGGAAUGCGCAUUAAGUUUUUACACAGAUCCCAUUCCUUUCAGUGGGGUUUCUUCAAGAUAAUUUCCAGAUAGAUUGUGCACUCUGGCUCCCCUCCCCCCCCUUUUUUUUUUUUUCUUGAUUCUCUAAAUGAUGUCUUGAUUUCAGUAGGGAUAUUUACAGAAAUUGUUAGAAUGGAUAUCCCUAAGUUCAAAUAGAAACAAUUGUUAGCAUAAAAAAAAAUCAAUCCAACAAUGUACUGUUUAAAUGUCUGUUUUUGUUUUUAAUUUCCAUUAUUUUGUGUUUUUCGAAAAUGAAUUUCUGUGGCAUGUAUAUACCAGCAGUGUUGCCCUUCCAUUUAUAUCCAUGAAUUCUUAUAGAA